AUGGGUCUAACAGAGUUACUGGUGAUCGGAGUUAUAGCUUUAGGAGGAGUCUUCGGAAGACUCAAUUCGAAACAACCCAGUGGCUAUACACCUCAUCGCAUAGUCGGAGGUGCUGAUGUCCCACCAGGAGAGCAUGUGCCCUACCAAGUUUCCCUGCAGUACAAAACCCGUGGAGGGCAGAUGCACUUCUGCGGCGGCUCCAUCAUCGCCCCCAACCGCAUCCUAACUGCAGCCCACUGUUGUCGGGGUCUGAAUGCAAGUCGCAUGUCAGUGGUGGCCGGAAUCAGGGGUUUGAACGAGAGGGGUUCCCGCUCCCAGGUGCUGUCCUACAGUAUCCAUCCCAAGUACCAGGAGCUGGUGACCAGCGAUCUUGCCGUGCUGUCGAUUAAACCUCCCUUGAAGCUGAACAAUGUCAGCAUCAGUGCCAUUGGAUACCAAUCCCAGGAAAAAGAGUUUGUGGGCGGUGGAGUUCCAGUGACCCUGACGGGUUGGGGACUCCGUUUGCCCGUGCCUUUUCCCUUCCUGGAGGAGGUCAACUAUCCCAACAUACUGCAGCGCAUGAGUUACCACACAAUCUCGAACAGGGAGUGCCGAGAUGCGGGCAUGGAGAGCGUUACGGACACGGAGAUAUGCGCCAGGGGACCAUUCAGAGGGGCCUGUUCGGGCGACUCUGGCGGACCUUUAGUCAUGCAAACGGACAGUGGCCCUAAGCAAGUGGGCAUUGUAUCCUAUGGUCUGGUAGUCUGUGGUCUAUACAUCUCACCGGAUGUUUACACUCGGGUCUCAACCUUCAGUGAGUGGAUAGGAAGUCAAAUGGAAUCGUGA